AUGGACUACGACGUCGCCACCGACGAGGAAGGCCACACAAUCGGUGUUCUGGCUCCUUCGUCGUCCAAGCCAGUCAUUCUGGAAGAAUCAAACGAGGACAACAGGGUUGGCUUGCCCAUGGCCAUCACUGCCGCCCCUGAGCACGUUGGCUGCUUCAUGUUGAGCCGGGUGGAGGUGUUCCUUCGCAACCGAAUCACAGACAACCCCAGAGGUUCGACACUCCUGCGGGUGUACAGCAAGGCCGACAUUACCCCCCUGGUGUACAACCUUGCCUGCGAAGUGAAUCUACUAGAUCGGGAGGUGGAAUAG